CAUUUUCCCGCGCUUUGGUCAUUACUUGUUGCAUUUAACAUUUAGUGUGUACUGUGUUUGCUAUAAGUGUUGUGCAUUUUUAGUGACAGUAUGAAGAAAUUAGUACCUUUUUAGUUCAGAUAUCUGCUGUAAAUGUAUUCCAAAGAAUUCUAAAUAUCAUUACAUAGAAAUUCUGAGUUGAAUAACUUAUAUUGCAAAGAGAAUCAAAAUGUCAGAUUAUCUUUCUACUGAACUUGCAGCAACAUGUGCUGCACUUGGUUAUUAUGAUGGGACUAAAUAUCAUUUAGAUAAACACUGUUUAGAUGUUAUAAAGGAUCUUAUUAAAUAUCUAAGAAGGGAUAAUGAAAAUCAUGUUGUACGCCAGUUUCUUGGGCAAACAAAAUUACUUCAAACUGAUCUUAUAAAAAUUUUUGUCGGUCAUUCUGAUAAGUUAGAACUUUGGGACGUAUUAUUAAGGUUGAUUAUCAAUUUAACAAGUCCAGUCUUCUUAGUUUUUAAUGAACAAAUACCUACCGAUAAGAUACAAUAUGCUACCUAUCAAAAACUUGUUGCACAUACACAAGAUUACAAAGUGGCAUUAACAGAUGAUCGUAUAUGGACAGCAUUAAGUAAUCGUUUAAGUGAAAUUCUUAAAAUAGAUAGUAUGGAAAGGGGGGAAGAGAAAGAAAUGAUUAUUGAAAGAAUUCUUGUUUUUAUCAGAAAUGUAUUGCAAAUUCCUCCAGAUGAAAAUGAAAAACGUGUUGAUAAUGAUGUUACAGUUCAUGAUGAGGUUUUAUUUGCACUACAUGCAUCUGGAGUUGUUGAUUUGUUAUUGUUUAUCGCUAGUAAUAGAGACGAACAACAAUAUCAUUUGCAAGUAUUAGAGAUUGUAUCGCUAAUGUUACGCGAUCAAAAUGCGAGUCAGUUAGCAAAGUCCGGGUUGCAACGUAGUACAACUGAAAAAGAAAGAGAUGAGGCAGUACUUUUAGCUGCUCGACUGAAAGAAAAACAAGAGAAAAUGGAAAAGGUCAGAAAAUAUACAAGUUCCAGACAUUCGCAUUUUGGCGGCACUUACGUCGUCGAGAAUAUGAAAGCAAUCGGGGACAAUCAGCUGUUAUGUCACAAACCUUACCAGAAAAUCGAGGCAUUAAAUUUUAGCAAAGACAAGAAUAAAGUGUCAAAACCAAAAAACAAAAGGCCUAUGAAAGACCCGAGAAGUGAACGUACGUCCACGUUGAGCGUGAGGCUGUUUUUGAAAGAAUUCUCUGUAGAAUUCCUGAACGCUGCUUAUAAUCCUGUAAUGAAACACGCAAGAUCCUGUAUCGUCGGCGCGAAUCAUCCUGAACCGAGUGAAACGGCUUGUUAUCUUUGGGCCAUGCGUUUCUUCAUGGAGUUCAAUCGGAAUUACAAGUUCGAAGUAAAAUAUGUGAGCGAAACAAUAUCCACGGAAACAUUUUAUUUAGUACAAAAACAGAUGGAUCAGUACUACGAGAUGAUGACUGUUGAUAAAAAGAAAAUCCCAGUUUGGUCUCGUAGAUUACACGUAGCAUUAAAAGCGUAUCAGGAACUUUUGCACACCUUGAUGGCGAUGGAUCAGAGCAAGGACCGAGGUGUUCGAGAAUCCAGCAAAGUUAUCAAAAGUAACGUGUUUUAUGUCCAGGAGUAUCGAGAAACUGUUCUUUCACAGCUACUUUGCUUCGACGAAGUUAAAAUGUCACGACAAUAUUUGAUCGAUCUGAUAACGACAGCGCAUAUUUUCUUAAAAAUGUUGGGACAUUAUUGUGGAAAGAGCAGUCGUAGUGUAGUAGUCCAAAAAGUGAAGCAUAAACGACACAAGAGUGGAAAUAAGAAAAAUCAGAAAAAAACGGUGCAGAGAGAACAAGCUCCGCCUCAAUGUUUAGAAGAACGUUGGGACGAUAUCAGUCCUCAGUUGUCUGUUGUCAUGCGAGAAGGAACGAUACCCGAAGUCGUUCCGUUUGAUGCGACUUUGGAUACGCCUAUAGAAGAUCAAAAAGUUGAUGCUAUGAAGAAAGUUCAGAAACUGCUACGAUCGAAAUCUUUGGAACAAGCUGUUGGUCUCCUUCGUGCAGCAAGAGAAGUUUGGACGGAAAACGACUGCUUUGGAAAAGCUGAUAUUACACCGGAGGAGGAAUUCUUAGCGCUACGGGACAUCUUCGUUGCAGACCUGGGCGUGGAAGAUGAUCCUGUUACACAAAACGAGACGAAUCAGCAGGAAAAUAUCGAGAAUCUUUUUAAUAACGUGUCAGAGGAAGAAGACGAGGAGGAAGAAUCCCAACCAGAUUCUGUAGCUGUGGAAACUAAUUUCAAUUUUCCUGAAUUCGUUCAGAGAUUCGCCAAUGUGAAAAUUGUUAAAGCUAUGUUGGUUCUGCUGCAACAAUUUGAUAAAAACACGGACGACGUAAACCAUUAUGUCAAUAAAAUGCUUCAUCGAAUUGCUUGGGAUUGUAAAAUGCCAGGAAUGAUGUUUCAGGCAUCUAUGUUCCGCGUUUUUCAAAGAAUUCUUGAAUCGAAACAUCCAGGUCACAAGGAACUUCAAAAGUUCGCUGUCUUCAUAAUCCGACGUUUUAUCGAAGUCGCCCAGAAGAACCAGAAAGCGUACAUGGAGCUGCUCUUUUGGAAGACCACUCGUGACGCGGCUGAAGUCAUCGAUGGUUAUAACGCAGAAACGGAUAACAAGAAAGUUCCGCAGCGCUCCUGGACCGAGGCCCAAGAGGACGAGUUACGCACGCUCUUUAUGGAACAUCAGACUAACAACUAUCCUCAGGAUGUCAUUGAUUGGAUAUUAGAACAUAUCAAUCAAGAACGAACACGCCGUGGUAUUAUAAAGAAGCUGAAAGAACUGUGCUUGAUUGUCAAUUCUAAGAGCGUUCGAAAUGAGAUUCUAAAGAGGCUUCCGACAGAAUGGUCAAAGGAUGAAAUUACUCAGCUCACAGAACUUUGGGAGCAGCUAAAAGAUGAUGAAGAUCCCGUGGAGCUGAUCUUCAAUGGGCUUACAAUAAAGCGGCCGAAGCCAAAGAUCAAGGAGAAGCUUUUGGAAUUAGGAUUGGCCACGGAUCGCAAGGAGCUGCGCAAGAAACGAUCCAGAAAAAGCAACCACGGUAAAUCGUCGUGGGAAACGCAGUCUGUUAGUAAUUCUGAAGAGGAUGAAAGCAGCGACGAAGAAGCUGGAAAAUCCUCGACCCGUAAGAACAAGGCUCCCAAUAAACCAACCAGCAAAAAAACAAAGAUGGGCAAGAGGAAUCAGCCAACUAUGGUUUACACGAGUGCACAGUUAUCUGGAUUGUUGAAGGAUGUCAUCCAAAAAAAUAUGAACGAAGCACUAGAAUGGAUCAAGGAAUCCCUGCAGGAUGUCCUAGACGAUCGAGACGAGGAAAGCUCCGAAGGUAUCCCUUUAGUCCCAUUGACAGAUUAUUCGGCGGCAGCGAUGGAUUCACCGAGCUUUCAAAAGCUUAUUCGAGCCAUGGGAUUCACACCUCCUGCUGAUGAACAGGAAUCUUAUUGGCGUAUACCAUCUAAUAUCCUUAAUUCGACGAUUCAGAAGCACUGCAACCUUAUCGACGCUGCACUCGCAGGGAACUUCGUUGUUGAAGAACCCAGAGCAGCUUCAACCGCGGGGGAAAUUGAUAGCGAUAGAAAUAAUGAAAGUGACGAUGAUGUCGAUGUUUUAGAAAAUAUUAGAAAAUAUUUCAAAUCUACAGCCGAACCAGAACCAUCCACUUCUCGCCAGCCUGAUUCUGAAUCCGAUGUAGAUUUCGAAUCGAUUACAUCGAAAAGUAAAAUUUCUUCAAAAUCGACGGAACAGAUCAAUAUUGAAGUUGAAAAACCGGAAACGAGAAGUUCGCAGACUGUUGAAAUUACAGAAAAACCACGUACAGAGGAAAGAAAAGCUGGUGGUCGUGCUAAACUACUUAUCGACUCUUCUGAUUCUGAACUGGAAAAUGAGAGAAAUGUCCACGAUACUGAAGAUGAGGGAAAGAGAAAUCGAUCGGAUAGUUCGGACAAAGAAAAUGAAACGGUAAAGAAACGUCGCUUACUGGAUAGCGACGAAGAAACUGAACCAUCUGUUCAGGAUACUGAACAGAAACGUACCAGAAUGAUAAUUAGCGAUGAUGAAGAAGAAUCCGCUGAAAAACAACCUACUCAACAAAGAACGUCUCGCAUGAUAAUUAGCGACGAUGAAGAUUAAUGGAAGAUACAAUUUUACUCUUUUAAACACCAGUUUCAUUUCUAAUUUUUAAUAACAUUGUUCACUUUCUUUUAUAUAGCAUUUCAUAUUUUAUUUCUUUUCUUUUUAAAUAAAGAUGAUUCAACUGUUUAUAACAUUU